CGCCAAUUUAUUAUCCCAGCAUGCUCGAGACAUACGGAUCACAUCCUCUUCAGUCUAUAAAGGUCUUCAAAGGCGACCCAAGCAAUAAUCUGUCGAUUGUAUUUAUUCAUGGUGGAGGAUGGAGAGAUCCUAACAAUACCUACGAUGAUUUUGAACCCAUGUGCAACUACUUCAAGACUCGGACCAACCACAAUCUUUUCAGUAUCAAUUAUCGCUUAUCACCUGAAGUGAAGCAUCCUACCCAUUUGCAAGAUGUGUGGGCAGCUCUUCAGUACAUAGCCAAAAAGUAUCCUGGUCCCAUGCUGAUCGUGGGACAUUCAGUGGGUGCAACUUUGCUGUUAGAACUCUUGAAUGUCAGAUCCAUAGCUGGAGUCACUGGAGGAGAGGAAUUGAAAAUCCAAUCGAUAGUCUUGAUAGAUGGAAUCUACCAUAUUCCUGAAUUGAUUGAAGAGUACCCAUCCUACAAUUCGUUCGUAUCCGAGGCAUUUGAUUCGGAAGAGUCAUACACUCAAGCACUCCAGGUCUCAUGGACCAAUUCUCUUCCUUUUGAAGGCGAGCCACCUCACAUUUUGGUGAUUUUCUCCCUUCAAGAUGAGUUAAUUUCGGUACGCCAAACAGAAAUACUUGAGAAGUACCUCAAACAGAUUGGUGCCAACCACCAAGUUGCUAAGGGCAACUGGGGGCUCCACGAAGAAGUUUAUAAAAAUCAAGAAGUCUAUGAGCUCUUGUUGGCAAAUAUCGGCAAGUAA